GCGCGCAGUUUUCGGUGUUCGUGCAGGGCGUGGGUAACGCCCGGGCCAGGCCGUGCUGGGGCAGAGCCCCGGCGGUUGUGUCCCGUAGGAACGGGCAAAGCCUGCGAAGCCUGGAAGUGAGAGGUUGUAUUUGCAGAGAGGAGAGUUUCCUCUUCAUUUUUUUUUUUUAAGUGUAAGGGCUGAUGCUUUAGGUUUUAUAUAGGCUCCAAUGUGGUUUGGAGCUUUUUCUACCUUGCCUUGUGCUGCCUGGCACUGCUGCAGGCUGCACGUGUGUGUUGUGACCACGCUUUGCUGUGUGUGCCACUGGGGAUCCCCUUCUUUUAGGGUAUCUGCAGCUCUAUUGCCGCGGUUAGUAGAGUUAUAAUAACACAGUAUACACUUACUUCUUAGUGGCUGCAGCCAGGCAAUAUAGUUGUUUACACCAGAAUAUCUGAAGCAAUUGCAGUGCUGUGUGACACCAUGUGGAGGCAGAUAUAUAGUCUGCACCUUGGGCUUUGCAUUCUGUCAGGGUUGAACCUCACUACCCUGAGUGCUAGCCUAUGUAAACACUUCUAGUGCCAGCUUUGGAACACAGCUCGAUGUUUGCUUUUUGCCUCUUACGUAAAAAGAUACAGAAUGAGAGCAUAAUCUUGACAAAUCACACUUAAAGCUUAUAUUUAAAGCAAUUAAAAAGUCAGUUAUCUGACAAAUAUAUUUCCUGUAAAGGGCUGAUAAGAGUUUUGCAGUGUAGCUUGUGUAGCUGAUGAAUAAGACUUCAAAUCGUGAUAGCACAGAAUGGAUCCAACUUUGGAUAAUGACAGACUUUACAGACCAUCCUAUAUUUCUAGCAUUGAGCUAUCUCCAAGAUCAGGACCAGUAAGUGUGGAAGAUCUUAAAACAGAUCUCUCCUCUGAAUUUUCUUUGGUUUCUUCAAGCUCGGACACAAGCCAGGGGAGCAGUUUGGACUCUAAGGGACACGUACAAGUUUGCCUGCGUAUUAGGCCAUUUACAGCACUGGAAAGAGAAAAUGGAUCACAGGACUGUGUUUCACUUGAAGACUCAACAAACAUCAUACUGAAGCCCCCCCACCACUGUCUGAAUCGACUAAGUGAAAAAACUGCUGGACAGAUGAUACAGAAGUUCACUUUUUCACGAGUGUUUGGACCUGAAACAACUCAAGAAGAAUUCUUUGAAGGUACCAUGAAGGAACCGGUGCAAGAUUUCCUAGAUGGAUGUAAUCGUCUUGUUUUUACAUAUGGCGUUACAAAUGCUGGAAAAACUUACACUUUCCAAGGGACAGAAGAUGAUGUUGGUAUUCUGCCAAGGGCCUUGGAUCUGUUGUUUAAAAGUAUUCAAGGAAAGCUAUACACAGCAAUGGAUCUCAAACCCCAUCGGUGUAGAGAUUAUAUAAAGCUGACUGAAAACCAAGUGAGAGAAGAAACUGCUAUUAAAAAUUCACUACUUCGCCUAAUAAAGGAGGUAGACCAUCAGAUUAGCACUAACAGCAAUGCACCUGUUGAUUCUAAAGAUUUGGAAGAUACCUCGAAAGACUCAGAACAAUCUACCACAACUGUGAGAAAUUACAUCAAGUUUUCUGUUUGGGUUUCAUUUUUUGAGAUUUACAAUGAAUGUUUUUAUGAUCUACUGAUUCCUAUAUCAAAUGACAAGAAAAGAAAAACACUGCGCCUUGCUCAAGACAUCAAGGGAUGUUCUUUUGUGAAAGGUCUGCAGUGGGUUCAGAUUUCCGAUUCUAAAGAAGCUUUUAGACUUCUAAAACUGGGGUUGAAACACCAGAGUAUUGCAAGCACAAAACUAAAUCAUUGCUCCAGCAGAAGUCACAGCAUAUUCACAGUUAAGGUACUAAAAAUUGAAGAUUUAGGAACACCACGAGUUACCCGAGUCAAUGAAUUGUCAUUUUGUGAUCUUGCUGGUUCAGAAAGAUAUACCAAGACCCGCAAUGAAGGUGACAGAUUGAAAGAGAGUGGAAAUAUAAAUACCUCUCUCCUGACUCUAGGCAAGUGUAUUAAUGCACUCAAGAACUGUCAACAGUCAAAGUUGCAGCAACACAUACCCUUUCGGGAAAGUAAGUUAACUCAUUUCCUUCAAGGAUUCUUCAGUGGAAAGGGGAAGGUAUACAUGAUAGUAAACAUAAGCCAGUGUGCUUCAGCAUAUGAUGAAACACUCAAUGUGCUAAAGUUCUCGGCUAUUGCACAAAAAGUUUUAGUUAUGGAUACAUCUAUUCUUCCCCAAGAUCAGUCAUUUGACCAGAAAUUGGCAGGAGAAUCAUCACUGCUUAAUGUCACUAAAAUGCCAAUCUCAAGGAGAAGAGGCACUAUCCUGUGGGACAGAACCUUGGAAGAUGUGUUUGAAGAUGAUGAUGGAGAGAUGGAGGAACAGCACAGUGUGUCAAGAGAAGAAGCAGUGCAGGAAAAGGAAGAAAGUAAAGUUGUUAUUGGAAAAGAAGAAUAUAUGACACUGCUGAGUCUCAUAGAAGAGCUGAAGAACAAACUUAUUACUGAAAAGAAGAAUAAGUUACUGCUGGAGCUAAAAGUUCGUGAAGAAGUGAUACAAGAGUUUACCCAAUAUUUUGCUGAGCGGGAAAUAGAUUUCAAAGAGUGCCUUGAUCAUGAACGAGCACGGCUUGAAGAAAAUGCUGAAAAACGUCUGGAAAUCUUAAAGGAACUUGCAAAUAGUUAUCCUAAAAAUGCAGAUGAAAAAAAGAAAUUAGAAGAUCAGCCUGGCAGUGAGCAAACUGGACCUCUGGAUGAAGAAUGUGGGACAGGGCCAGGUAUCUGCUUUGAUUUUGAGGGCAUUAUUGAGUCUCUGCAGAAUGAUAUCACUGAUAUAAAAAAUCAGGCAGAAGCAGCACACCAAUACAUUGUGUCCCUAGAAGACCCACAGCAAACUAUAGGAUGGCUUGAAAAACAGCUAGAAAAAGUCACCACUGAACUAAUUGAGACCAAAGAACAGCUGGCAGAGAAAACCAAAGAUUUUGGAACACAGAGGAUUAAAUUGGAUGAGUCUGCUGAGCAACUUAAAGAUGCAACUGAGAAAAUGAAUCUACAGAAUAAAAGGAUUCAAGAACUAAUAGACAUUGUGGAGCAAAAAGAUAAAGUUAUUAUGAGACUACAGGGUUUGAUGACCUGUUCAGAAGAAACCAUGAAAGACAAUGACAACACUCUGACUGCAGAAAAGAACUCUAAUGAAGUGAUUGAAAGCAGCCAAUUGAAGGAUUGUGAAAAAACUGUGCUGGAAGUGGGAAGAAAACGUUGCUUGGAAAAUAAAUCUACUGUGGAAGAAGAGCCACCUACAAAGAAAGGAGAUCAGGCAGGGAGAUGGGAAAAUUGCUCUCUUCAUCCAAAGAGAACCAAUAAUUCUGAGACCUAUGCGGAAAUACUGGCACUGAAGGAAAGAACUGAAACCUUGGAAGGUCAGAUAGCUGCACUUGAAGAACAAUGCCAAAGAGAAAAAAAUAAAAAAGAAGAGUUAAGUUGGGAGAUAACAAGCUUGCAUCUCAAGCUGUCUGCUUCUGAAGAAAGGGCUUAUGGCUUAAGUGAAGAACUUCAGCAAUGUCAAGCUGACUAUCAGGAGAUUGUUUCCAAAUUGGACAAACAGAAAGCUGUAAAUAAGGAACAAGAAGAAAAGAUUAUUCAGCUAAAUAACCAAGUAACAGCUGCUGAACAAAAUAUAAUUGAUAAAGUGUCCCAAAUUAAAACAAUGCAGUCCCAAGUAGAUGAGUUGUAUAAAUGUCACUUAGAGUCUUACACUAUGGAUACUGAUUUAGUUAAUCUAAAGGACUCCUUAGACCCUCAAAAAGAUGAACCACAGACAGCUCAAAUGGGUCCUGUAUCUAUGCAAUUCCAAACUGCUUCUACAGCAGAUCUGGGACAGGAGAGCUCCUUUCACCGCAGUAUUGAAACCAUUUGGGAAGAAUGCAAAAUUAUGAUUAAGGCUUCUUCACAAAAAAGUCAUCAGAUUCAAGAACUGCUUCAACAAGUUGCAGACUUAAAGAAGAGACUUAAUGACAGUGAGAAUUACAAUAAUCAACUAAAAUUAAAAUUAAAUGAGAUUGCAAGUCAAAAUGAUCAGUCUGUAAAGGAAAAAGAUAUUGUGAGUCAGUUACAAGAGCAAAUCCUGAAGAAAACUCAGGAUUUUGAAAAACAGGCUGCAGAAGAUCAGAGAGUAAUUGAACAGUUUCAGGAGAAAGUUAAUGGAUACGAGGGAAAAAUAAGAGAUCUUGAAUGUGUAUUGGAAGCUAAAGAUGACAGCAUAAAAAAGUUAGAAGAAGUACUUAAAGAAAAAGAAUCUACUAUUUUAAAUCUACAAAGUAGUACAUUAGCUUUCCAAGAGAAAUGUACCAGCUUGGACAAAAAACUGAAAGAACUGAACGAUCAAGAAGCAAAUCUAAAGGAUGAAGUUGUGCAGUUGACAAACAGCUUGGAGAACAUGAAACAUGCUCUUCAGGAAAAGGAGAAAAAUGAGGAUGAGCAAAUACAAUCUAUAGAAUUGCUACGUAAAGAUCUUUCUGAGAGCUCUGCUCUUGUACAAAGUUUGAAGAAAGAUUUGCAGAGGAAAGAGGAAGAAUAUACAGAUUUGAAAGAGAAACUUUCUGAUGCCAAGAAGCAAAUUCAGCAAGUACAAAAACAGGUGUGUACAAUGCAAUCUGAGGAGAAAACCCUGAGGAAAAAAGUUAAUGAACUGGAGCAAAUUAAAAGCCAGUUUAGUGAAGAAUUGGAGUUCAAACAGCGCACAAUCCUGAAACUUAAAAAGGAGCAGUUGAAUAAUGAGAAGCUGGAAGAAAUCUCCAAACAGUACGAGAAAACACAUAAAGAUUUGUGUGCAAAGGAAAAAAUAAUUGAAGAUAUGCGAAUGACAUUAGAAGAACAAGAACAGACUCAGAUGGAACAAGAUCAAGUGCUUGAAGCCAAAUUGGAAGAGUCAAACAGAUUAGUUUUAGAACUGGAAGCAUGGAAGCAGAAAUACAGAGAGCUGAAUAACCAGAGCAAUACUGACUGGCAGGAAAAGAUGAGCAAAAAUGAGAAAACCAUAAAGGAAAAUGAGGAAUUGAUGAAGCUGCAAAAAGAACUGAAGGAAAAUGAGGCAAAGUAUCAAACUGAUAGAAAGAAGUGGCUUGAGGAAAAAAUGGAACUCAUAAAUCAAAUAAAAGAAGCUGAGAGUCAUCUCAACAGAGAAAUGAGAAAGUUUGUGGAGAACAGAGAACAUCAUGUAAAGCAACAAGCAGAAAUUGAAAGACUUGCUACACAGCUGGUAGAGAAGGAUAGUAAUCUUCAAAAGUGGCGUGAGGAAAGAGAUGAACUAGUAGAAGCUUUGGAAGUACAGCUCAAGAGUUUGGCUUCUAGCACCAUACAAAAAGACAAAGAAAUAGAGGAGCUGAAACAGGCUGCACUAAAGGCUUCAGAAAAAGGUAAGGAAACUGACAUAGAAGAACUAAGAAAACAAUUGGCUGAGAAAGAUGAUUUUAUAAAGGAAUUGAAACAACACAUUAACCGUGAAAGCCCUCAGUCUUUGUCAGAAGUACCUUUACCUGAGGAAGGACAAGAUAAAACUGAUCAGUCUGUAAGCAAAGAGGACCAUUCAGAAAUUGUCCUUGACUCUUCUGAAGUGUCCACAGAAGAUGGAAAAACUAGUCGGUUCCCAAAACCAGAGAUGGAAAUCCAGUUCACGCCUCUGCAACCCAAUAAGAUGGAGGUGAAGCACCAGGGCAGCACAUCACCAGUUACAGUUAAAAUGCUCAAGCCAAGAAGGAAAAGGAAGAGUGUAGAGAUGAACGAGGAUUUUGUGAAAAGUGAGAACAAGAGAAAUGCAAAACCUGCUAUGGCUGAUUCACCUUCUACAAGCAACAAAAAAAUGAUGUCGACUGCUCGGUCUCUUAGAAAAGAAUACCCCUUAAGAAAGCAAGAAUCUACUUUAAGUAAAAAGUCAGCUAAGAAGAAAGAUGGGACACUCCAGAAACUUGGUGAUUUUUUCCAAAGUUCUCCUACUAUUAUUCACUCCAAAGCAAAGAAACUGAUUGAGACAAUAAGCUCUCCCAAGUCUGCAGGACCAGAAAAAGUCAAAGAAGAUGAGCUCAAGCCAAAACGAGCUAAGAGAAAGCUGUAUUCAACUGACAUUUCUUCCCCCCUACAUAUACCUGUUUCUUCAAUCUUUGUAGAACAAAAAGAGAAGGAAAGUGAUCAUCUAAUCAUCAAGCGACGGCUACGAUCAAGAAUAGUAAAAUAAUCUUGCAAACGUGUGUUUGUAUUUCCUAGCUGGGGCACAUUUCCAACUGAUUGUAUGUAGGAAGUAAUAGAUAUUUAGUCAUGCUUCAACAUCUGUAUAUAGUUGUAUAGAAUUGUUCUGACUCCAUUAAAGUUGAGACAUUCAAGAAA